UUGAAACCGUCCGAAAUGGAAUACAGUGAACAAGAAAACGAGAAUUGUGACGAACGCCAUAGAUUGAAUGCAGAUGAUGGAAUGGAUAUGGACGAUAUUCUUCCAGAAGUGGGUGAAUUUGGUCUCUAUCAAAAGCUACUGUUAUGGUUAAUAUGCCUUCCUUCAUGUUUCCCAUGCGGUUUUGGGGCUUUUAAUCAGCUCUUCAUGGCGGAUGUUCCCGACCAUUGGUGUAAGGUUCCAGAUUUGUGGUUCCUCGAUGAAGAAGAAGCGAAGAACCUAUCCAUCCCGUACAACGAAAACUCCUUUUCCAAAUGCAGAAGGUACGCGAUAAAUUGGACCGAGCUGCUGCAAGAAUUCGAUGGAUUGCCAGAAAGAGUGGCUGUGAAUAUUUCUUGGGCGACGGAAAGUUGCUUAGACGGGUGGGUCUACGACAAAACAAAUGUUAUAUCCAGCAUCGUCAUCGACUAUGACCUGGUAUGCGAAAGAGACAUCUACCCUACGCUGGGUUUGGUAGCAUUAAACAUAGGAGGACCUGUGGGGGUGUACACCUUCGGGAAACUAAACGAUACAAUAGGAAGGAAGAAAUCGUUUUUCCUUUGCCUCACUACUCUAUUGGUCGGUAGCGCUUUGACUGUGGUGGCUCAAAAUUUCUGGUGGUGGGCAGGAAGCCGAGUGGUCGUGGGGUUAACUAUACCAGCUAUGUACCAAAUACCGUUUAUUAUAUCUCUAGAGCUGGUUGGACCGAAUUACCGAUCUUUCGUGACGGUGUUAACGUGCCUCUUUUACACCGUCGGUUUGAUGAUGCUGGCAGGGAUUUGCUAUUUGGUGCACGAUUGGGUUUUGCUAGGAAUCGUCACAUCCGCGCCGUUUCUGCUCUACUACUUUUAUUGGUUUUUCUUGCCCGAAAGCCCCAGGUGGUUAUUGGCCAAAGGGAGGUUCGAAGAAGCUUCGAAAAUAUUGGAAACGCUAGCUAGGGUCAAUAAAAAAGAACUACCGCCAACAUUCAGGCAAAAACUUAAGAGGAAAAUAAUGCAUAAAAGAACGAAAAGCGAAGAUGAAGCGCUGAAGAAAAGUCCAGGUUGUUCAGAACUGUGCGGAACACCUAACAUGCGACUGAAGACUACUUUAAUUACCCUAAAUUGGUUCGCUAAUGAAACAGUUUACGUGGGCCUAAGCUAUUACAGUCCUUCUUUGGGAACGAACGAAUAUCUCAGCUUCUUUUUCUCGGCGGCUGUAGAAAUACCCAGCUAUUUGGGUUGUUGGUUGAUAAUGGACAAAUGGGGAAGAAGGUGGCCAAUAUGCAUUUGUAUGCUCAUAUGCGGAGCUUGUUGCUUGGCUACUGUUGCUUUACCAGAGGACGACGUAAAAUCUACUCUUAUAUUGUAUUUGGUAUCAAAAUCGGCGAUUUCCGCUUCGUUUUUAAUAAUCUUUCCUUUUGCCGGCGAAUUGUAUCCAACGCAAGUACGAGGUGUUGGCAUUGGAACUUCAGCUUACAUCGCUGGAUUGGGACUUAUUAUAAUACCGUUUAUAACUUAUCUAGGCUCGGAAAUGUUGAUAUUACCUUUAAUAAUUAUGGGAGUAAUAUCGGUAAUAGGGGGAUUAACUGGACUGAGACUUCCAGAAACUUUACAUUACAAAUUACCUCAAACUGUUGAAGAAGGUGAAGAGUUCGGUAAAGAUUUUGGUAUGAAGGAUUGUUUGAGAUGUAUUCCCAUCAAGCCUACACCGUCUGUUGUAAAUUCGUAUGAAAACUUGGAACUUACACAAAUCCAUGUAACCAUACCUACGGAGAAGACGCCUUUGGAAAGUGCUGAACUACAACCGAGAAGAUCGUUGAAGAAACUAAUGCGACAACAAAGUCUUAUGGAUACUCAGAAGGCUUCAGAUGGUACAAUGCAAAUGACCUAUUGGUUUUAAAUUCAUUAUAAGUAUGCAGAUUGCUUAAAUGGUGUAAAAUUAUGAAUACA